AUGUUUGUCGAUAUCGUAAGUGGUCCGUCCGACUCUGCUCUCCCACUCCGCCACGUGUCUUCCAGAAAAGUAAAUCCUUGAAGGCCACUUUUGAGUUCGUCAUCAGAGCCGUCGCGUUUCUCAUUCUCUUCUACUUUCUCAAGUGAGUCAUUCAUUCCCUCGCCUCCACCUCCGCCAUUCUCCAUUCUUAGGAGAAGAAUCAAGACGAAUAAACUCGAGCGUCGGUUGAGGCUUUUAGAACGCAAACACGAGAACGAGUGAGUCACCCACCCUCUUUCCCUUUCCUUCUGGAGGAGAGACCAUCUCACCUUUCACCCCUUCAGAUGGAUCCUUCUCGAGCCGACGCACUUUUUGAGUAAACUUGAUGCGAUGCGGUGUCCUUCGGCCGAAUGCGACGAGGAAUGA